GUGUGCGAGUCGAGUGACGUGAGGGGCAUGUUUCAUUCCUUUCCGGUAUCGAUCGCCGAGAGGACUAGUUGUACCUUCGCCAUCCUGGUCAUUUUCUAUCCGGCAAGAUGACAUCCAAGGUUUCGCGUGAUACUCUUUACGAGUGCGUAAACGGCGUGCUCCAACACUCGCAAGAAAAGAAGAGGAAUUUUUUGGAAACCAUAGAGCUUCAGAUCGGUUUGAAGAACUAUGAUCCGCAAAAAGACAAACGUUUCUCGGGAACUGUCAAGCUGAAGAAUAUUCCCAGACCAAAAAUGCAAGUGUGUGUUCUUGGCGAUCAACAGCAUUGCGAUGAGGCUAAAGCUAAUAAUAUUCCAUAUAUGGAUGCGGAGGCAUUGAAAAAACUUAACAAGAACAAGAAACUCGUUAAAAAACUCGCAAAGAAAUACGAUGCGUUUUUAGCGAGUGAGUCAUUGAUUAAACAAAUUCCUCGUCUUCUCGGUCCUGGUUUAAAUAAAGCCGGUAAAUUUCCUGGACUUUUGUCUCACCAGGAAUCGAUGGUCGGCAAAAUCGAUGAAGUUAAAGCCACUAUCAAAUUUCAAAUGAAAAAGGUGUUAUGUCUAUCAGUAGCCGUUGGACACGUUGAUAUGACUCCCGAUGAAUUGGUGCAAAAUGUUCACCUCUCGAUAAAUUUCCUCGUUUCGUUGUUAAAGAAACAUUGGCAGAAUGUGCGUUCACUUCACAUCAAAUCUACUAUGGGACCACCACAGAGAUUGUACUAAGUACAUAUGCACUUAAUACAAAUAUAUGUCGAAUAUAAAUUCGUUGGAAUAAAAAAAUAAAAAUUU